UUUUGACUUUCCCUUAUCGUCACUCCACAAACAAAAAUUGAAGAAAAACGAAACAAGAAAAUAUCUGACUUUUCAAUCACGCUCUGUAUCUUUGGUUGGUUGCUGUGAAGAUUGAGGUGUAAGUUAGAAUAGUAGUAUGGGUGAUGUCUAUAGAUUUGCAAGUGCUAGUGCGAGCUCGAGCUCGAGUUUAAAUAGUAGCACAAAUGAUACAGAGGAUGAUCACACCAUUGCGGAGAUAUUGGCUGAGGAGGAGAAAUUAAGCUAUGAUAAUCGCAAGCUUGGCAAACGGCUCUCUCAUUUGGACUCGAUACCGCACACUCCUCGGGUCAUUGGUGAUAUACCCGAUCCAAAUGAUGCGACCUUGGACCAUGAGAGGCUAGCUCAAAGGCUGGCGACAUAUAGCUUAGCUGAAAUGCAAAUCGAGGGAGAUGGGAAUUGUCAGUUUCGAGCCCUCGCUGAUCAGUUAUAUCAGAAUCCAGACUACCACAAGUUUGUCCGAAAGCAGGUUAUCAAGCAGCUUAAAAGGCACAGAAGACUAUACGAAAGUUAUGUUCCGAUGAGGUACAAACACUAUGUGAAGAAGAUGAAAAGGUUGGGCGAAUGGGGAGAUCACGUUACUCUACAAGCAGCUGCAGAUCGAUUUGAAGCCAAAAUAUGUUUGAUCACCUCCUUCCGCGACACUGGCUACAUUGAGAUCCUCCCGAAUGACAGAAGUCCGAGUAGAGAGUUGUGGCUAAGCUUUUGGAGCGAAGUUCACUAUAACUCAUUGUAUCAAGCAGGAGAGGUUCCGACAAGAACACACAGGAAAAAGCAUUGGCUCUUCUAAAGCUCGUCGACUCGUAGAUAGACACAUUUCCCAACACAUUUAUACAUAUCCAUAUGCCAUGUAACUAGAGGACACACCAAAUUAUUUCAUCUUUUAAUUUCUAUGUAUUUCUUAUAGUUACUCAAAUUUACGUAUGAGUUAUGGUUGUUUAGUUAUAUUUGAACUUCAAGGUAUGUAGUAUUUGUGAUUUGAGGCUUUAA